ACCGUCACUUCCUUCUCACGGCGCUCCUCCGGUGUGUGUCCAUCUCUGAGCUCCGAGACGGAGAGGGUGUUUAGCGGAGUGUGUGAGGGGCAGGUUAGGGAACCGAAACAGAAGACCAUCCCCCGAGGACAGUGUGUAUGGAACAUGGAGUGUGUUCCUGCUGUUCUUGAUGAUUUGGAAGGUAAAAAGGAGACACACGUAGAGGAUCCUGAACACAAUGUGUAUACACGCUUUAUGAAGGCACAUCGCUGUUAUGACCUGGUGCCGACCAGCUCCAAACUGGUGGUGUUUGACACGUCUCUGCAGGUGAAAAAGGCGUUCUUUGCUCUCGUCUCCAAUGGAGUGAGGGCUGCUCCUCUCUGGGACAGCAAGAAGCAGUGCUUUGUGGGUAUGUUAACCAUAACAGACUUUAUCAACAUUCUCCAUCGCUACUACAAGUCACCUCUGGUCCAGAUAUAUGAGCUAGAAGAACACAAAAUAGAGACGUGGAGAGAGGUCUACUUGCAAGACUCCUUCAAACCUCUUGUUAGCAUAUCACCUAAUGCCAGUCUGUAUGAUGCUGUAUCUUCUCUGCUAAAGAACAAGAUCCACAGGCUGCCGGUGAUUGACCCUCUAACAGGGAAUACACUCUACAUCCUUACUCACAAGAGGAUCCUCAAGUUCCUCAAACUCUUUAUUUCUGAGAUGCCCAAACCAGCGUUUCUUUCACAAACUCUGGAGGAGCUCAAAAUUGGAACAUUUGAAAACAUUGCCAUGGUCCAUUCUGACACCCCCCUCUACACUGCACUGGGGAUCUUUGUGGACCACAGAGUCUCUGCACUGCCUGUGGUUGAUGAUAAAGGAAGAGUGGUCGACAUCUACUCCAAGUUUGACGUAAUAAACUUGGCUGCAGAGAAAACGUAUAAUAAUCUGGACAUUACUGUGACCAAGGCCCUUCAGCAUCGCUCUCAAUACUUUGAGGGUGUUCUCACCUGCCAAGCUCAUGAAACUCUGGAGGCCAUCAUCAACAGAUUGGUGGAGGCAGAGGUCCAUAGAUUAGUGAUAGUAGAUGAUCAUGAAGUGGUGAAGGGCAUCGUUUCUCUCUCAGAUAUCCUGCAAGCACUAGUGCUUACCAAUGGAGACAAUGGGACUGCUUAAUAAAGCACAUUGCUCCUUCAACCCGGGAAACGAGAAGAAGAAGAGAGAGGAGAAGACGAGGAGCAUGAGAAGAAUUGUGGCUGGUGAAAAAUUGGCAACUUAACAAGCUGGCAAAUCAACAAGGCAGUUGAUUUGCCCGUUUUCAACGGCCAAACGGGGGAAAAAUGAAUCAGCAAGGAGUCAUCAAAUCAUGCACUUCUAAAUCUCCAGUAAGCCUGUGCUUUUAGGGAGCAAUGAAAUGUAGACCAUUUUUGAUAUUUAAGAUUUGAUGUGCCCUUUUCCUUGUGAGUGGAACAGAAGCUGAUCCAGAAGAAAAGAUAAGCUCAUCAUCUCUUCUCUCUUUCUUCCUCUUGCACUGAGGGGAGAACAAAUAUGAAGGAGAAUUCAGCAAUACAAACACAGGCAAUAGGGAAAGAAGGGGCACAACUGUAGUCACAGCAAAGCACACACCAAAAUCUUGAACCCACAAACCUGAAGCAGCUAUAGGCCCCACUCAGUGCUGCAGCUUCUGAAGACUGAACCAAGUAUUUAUCUUCAUGCGUUCUCCAAUAGUGUAGCUGAGGAAGUGGCAAGUGAUGAAAGGGGAUACCAGUAUAAUCAAUUCCAUCCAUAGACAAUCCAUUUCACUUUUAUUUCAAUGGCUGUCUAAACAUAUUACGACACAUGGAUGAAGUUAUGUAAAUGGGCAUUUCGUUCAGUGCGUCUUGUGAAGACUAUUUAUGGUCCCCCUCCAUUAUUCCCAGAAUGCGGGCUUUUGUUGUGCAGGAUGUAAAGAACGGUAAGCAUUUGUUUAGGUGUUCUUGAGAGGAUAGGUUUAGUUAAAGUAUGUUAAAAAUAUCUAAUGUACUCCCACUCCCAGGGUCAUAAUGUCACACUCACUACAAAACUUUUUAUCUCCAAAAUAGCAACUUUGCAAGAGAAGGAGAUGAAGUUAACAUACAUACAGAUUUUAAUCCUAGUUCAAUUUGGACCAUUUCUAUCGGUCCAUCAUCUGUCAUGCAGAGUUCUCACAAUGUAAAGGGCAGCUGAUGUCUUCAAAUAAGCAAAAAAGAAUACAGAAAAAAAUGGAGAUGGGGUUUUGCUAUGACAAUGAUGAUCCCGUCAGAUCCCUCAGAGUCAGAGUACUGUUCUAGAAUCACUUUUCACCUUUCUUAGCCUAAUUAUUUGAAUCAGAUUAGCACUCUUUGCUCAGAUGUUUGAGGUACAUGAACCCUGGGAAAUACUCUUUUGUAAGCUGGUCAGUGGUAGUUUUGGUAAAAUGAUCUUCCUGCAUUUCAAUAUCAGCCACUCUUUGCUUCUGAGAAAGGGGACCCAUAAAGCAAUCACUACACAUGAACUCCUGUUUGCUCUGAAAACUGAACUGCACUAAAACAGAACUACUCUUCAUGCCCUCACAAUGUGAAGUUAAAGUACAGAUAUUACUGUUUUAGUAUGGUUUAACAUUGUGUUAAACAGAAUAUAUAAAUGUAAUCAUGAGUUAUUGGUUCUUACUAAUAUUAUUGGCAACACAUAUCAUUUCUCUUUAGUUUCCCUUAAUGAUUUUGACCGUAUGAAACAUAAUGGCUUGGAUUUUGUAGUCGAUCAUGACGUUGUACAGUAUAUUUAAAAGAGUUUAGAAUGGAACAAGUGUGAGUUACAGCUUAGUAUCAUUCUAUGAUCCAUGUAAUUCCAUUGUCAUUGUUGGACAGGGGUGGGAAAAUACUUAAGUGAUUGUAUCUUUACUUAAGUACUAAAGUAUUAUUUUGUGACGUAUGCACUCUACUCGAGUAUGAUUGACACUUGUAGAUCAAGAGAGAUUUUUCAAAUCCAGUCACAUUUAUAUGAAUGUGAGGAUGUUUCCCAAAACCAUGGUAAUUCGCCUUUGUGCAAAGACCCCUACAGUCUGCUAGUCACUCACUAGGCCCGCUAGGCCUCACUGGUUUUGGUUAUGUAGUGCGUGAUCAGCUUGUGGUCAGUGUUAAAGGCACUUUAAUGGAAGUCCUGCCUUCUGAUUCCACCUGUUAAAACAUUAACAUUUAUAUACUGAAUAUUAACUGCUGAUAAGUCAAAUAUAUUUUUAGCUUCUUACUUACGCUUUCAAUGAAGAUUUUUUUUCUAGUACCCGUACAUUCACUCAAGUUCAGUUUUUCCACCCCAUUGUUGGAUGUGUGCAGAGCCAUCAGACACUCAAGGAUGUUUGAUUUAACAUGUAUGUCCAUAUACUAGACAACGUUUAUGGGACUGCACCCAUAAUUGUAGGAAGUGCAAGGGAGGAAUUUUUUUUUUCCACUGGCAGGUUGAAAAUUCCCUCAAGACCCUCAAAA